AUGACGAAUUUUUCCAAGAUGGCCACCCGCCUGUUGACGUAUGUCACAGGUUUUGCCGCAGUCACCCAGGCUAUAGCCGGGACUGGAUGCAACCCAAUAACGACGAAAAACUGCCCGCCCAUGCCCGGCCUCAACACAGGCUACUACGAGAUAGACUUCAGCAACAACCCCAAAGACGCGUCCAAGUACUGGACCACCUCUGCAGGGGCCCAGAUCCCACGCGACAGCCGCGGCAUCGCGCUGCAGUACCUCAAGCGGUUCGACGCGCCGCAGCUCAUCAGCACCUGGUACAUGUGGUACGGGCGGGUGGACGUGCAGGUGCAGGUGGCCAAGGGCCAGGGGAUGGUGACGUCCAUCGUGCUCAUGUCGGACACGCUGGACGAGAUGGACUGGGAGUGGUCCGGCAACAACUUUGGCUACGGGCCGAGCAAGGGCCGCGUGCAGACAAACUACUUUGGCAAGGGCGUCACCGGCACCUACGACCGCGGCACCACCGUCGAGGUCGACAAUCCGCAGGGCACCACGCACACUUAUACGUUCAUCUGGAAGCCAGAGUCGAUCGAGUGGCGUGUUGACGGCAAGAGCGUGCGUACUUUCUACGCCAAGGACGCCGAGACCAAGCCUGGCAGCAGCCAUCAGUUCCCGCAGACGCCGGCAAAGUUGCAGAUUGGGAUUUGGGCUGGAGGUGAUCCCUCCAAUGCUGGCGGCGUCAUCGAGUGGGCAGGCGGCGUUACCGACACAAACGCGGGCCCCUACGUAGCGUACGUCAAGAAGAUCACCGUCCAGAAUCAGUAUGCCGCCAUGGCUUACAACUGGACAGACCAGUCUGGUAGCCAUGGCAGCGUCAAGCAGCUUAGCCAGGACCCGGGCAACCUGGUCCCUGUGAGUCCGGCUCUGUUGCCACUGCGGUCCGAGUUACCCGUGACCCAGAUUGGUCGAUGCGGACCAGAGCUCAAGACCAUAUGCAAAGGCAGCGUCUUUGGCGACUGUUGCUCGCAGUACAACACAUGUGGCAGCACUGCCGAGUAUUGUGGUAGCGGCUGUCAAGGAGCGUACGGUAAAUGCGCCAAGCCAAACAUAUUUGCCAACGAAAAGCUCGAGUUUGAGCCCGAGCCGUCGACGAGCGUUAAGAAGAUCACUUCUACUACUACUAUAACUUCCAGCACCAGUACCAGCAAGUCUACCAGUACCACUACUAGCACUAGCACUAGCCAAUCGACUUCAUCCUCGGCAAAAACCUCGACAACCACUUCUGCUGCUCCGCUGCGGACGGAUCUUCCACUAACUCCAAACGGACACUGUGGUCCCAAUGUCAAGACCAUUUGCAAAGGAAGCGUAUUUGGAGACUGCUGCUCCGAGUACAACUACUGCGGAAACGGCCCAGACUACUGUGGUACCGGCUGCCAGUCUGCCUUUGGGCGCUGUGGAGAUGCGCCUGUUGAGCCCAAGGCUGCAACGACCUCUUCCACCAGCCAGCUUUCCAAAGUGGCGACCAUUCCUGUCAGCUCAUCCAGCACCUCCUCGAGUACCAGCAUUUCUACAAGCACCACAACCACAACGGAGACGGCGGCCAGUACUGCAGCCCCAGGCAACAACAAUCCUGUGGUGAACGUCAAGCUGGCUGUUAGUGAAGAUGGAAGCUGCGGUGGCAAGGAUGCCAAGUUCACCUGCACAGGUGGGAUCUAUGGGGAGUGUUGCUCGCAGUACAACUUUUGCGGAAAUUCCAAAGACCACUGUAACACGGGUUGUCAGGUUGGAUUCGGGCGUUGCGAGGGUUCACCUGUUCCGUCCGCUGCCGAACCACAAAAGCCAGAAAAUGUAAGCGUCACUACAUCGACAAGCUCACCGUCGUCUUCUUCAUCCUCCACAACAUCCUCCACCAGCAAGACGGCCCUACCAACAACCAUCGGGUACACCUGCGAUGACGACUUUUGGUGGGAGAACAACUACUGCUACAAGUACAUGGGGGCCAACGGCCAGAUGAAGAAGAUGACCUCGGCCUUCUGCUACUCGUGGAGCGGCAAGAUGACCGACGUGCCAAACUGGCUCAACAAGGAUUGCGGAGGCGACAUUGAGCGUAUCCGUGGCGCUUGCUGCGGCCGCUGGAUUGCGCCACCGGAUGCCGCCUCGCCGCCGUCACCGCCAGCCCCAGGCGCGGCGACAGUCAAGCUCACCCAGGCGCAAGGAUGA